UGCUAUUUGCUUGUUUAAAUUUAAGUUUUUUUUAAAUAUCUAAAAUAUGCUGGAAAGCACCCAUAAUAUCAUGGUUUUAAAUAAAAUGCAAGAAUUUGGAAAUAUGAACGAGAUAGAACUGUACAAACUGUUAAAGGACUUAAGAAUUUUGAAGCAGCAUGGCAAGAUAGACAACGAUGAGAACAUCUCACAGCAAAGUGUCAAAUGGCGAAAUACUUUGGAGUACGAUGUUUUGGAAACAUGUGUUAGGCAUCAUAGCAAAGAGUGUAGAUUGGAGACAUUGGCAUUGUUAGUAGAAUCGAAGAAAAGCACAAUGUAUUUUACACGCAAAGAACUUGAGAUGAUUUUGCUGUUUUUAAAACAUAAUUUGUGUGAGAAAAUGGAAUAUAUACCCUUUAUUAAGAAGGCUUUAAAGCGGCUGAAAGAUAGCCUGGCUGUUUUGCAGAGACAAUUAACACAAGAAGAAAAACUGAGAAAUCAUUACAAAGAACAUGUUAUUUUAGAUGAUACACAUGCUUUGACUUUAUCUUGUCAACAAGCUGAACAAAUUAAACAGAAUAUAAAAGAUUAUACUACAUUUUAUAUAAAUCUGCGUGACAUUUGUGUAAACAAUUUGUAUCCGGAUGCGACAUACAAUCGCAGACGUUUCAGCUUACAAAUCCUUUUGCUCAUGCAACAUCUUCUUUGUGAUGAAUUCAAAGACAUUAAAUGGAAAAAGAAACAAGCCGAAACAAUAUUUCAGUGUUUGCUACUGGAUACGUAUGAACCUAACAAAGAAAUGGCAUAUCAAAUAUUAAAAUCUGUAAAUAAUUUUGGUAAUGUGGAUGUGGUAGAAACAGAAGUCAGAUAUAACUUUAAGGAAAACAAUAAGGAUAUUUGUUUAUCAGAGUGUAAAAAUCUAACGUUCUUAGACUUGGGUUUGGAGUCUCAAGUUCGAUUGAUUAUCAAAACUGCACUUGCAUUAGGCAACAGCAUAAGACCUAUAGAUAGCGUAACAGCUGCGUAUAUGUUAAAAAUAUCUAAGUUGUCUCCUGUUAUAAAAAAUGUUUUGCAAAAGUAUAGUAAAGAAUGUAGUAUAGAGGAUAAUAUUAAGGAUGCAGUAACACUGCAACUGGUGUCGCUGCUAUAUGAAAGAUUGCAAAUAGCAUUAAGUUUAGCAAAACAGAACAUAGGAAUGGCAAUUGUUAAGUGUUCCUUAUACGGGUACUUAUUCUGCAUGAGGAGUUUGCUUUCUGACUGUGACUUGAGUGAAGCAGCAAUGGAUAAAUCGUGGCAAAAUAUUGUGGCUAAUAUUAUAUCGUUGUGCUUCGAGUUGAGCCACGUUGUUUCUGUAAUAGUUAACAAUUCUUCACCAGAAGGGCACUUGCCAAUGGAUUUGAAAACAUUGAAUUUUAACGACAAUGUUUUGUUUUCCGAGAAAGAAAUUUUAACGCCGCAAAUGGUGCUACUUUGUUCUUGGCGUACUGUCAAAGAAGUCAGUCAGUUGUUUGGACUGCUAGCCACCGAGGCGUCGAUACAAACUGACAAUUCCGCAAACAGUCUGCUAACAGGGGAACAAAUUGAACGUAUAAUGAAGCAUUUGGUGUCAUUGUUGUGUGAAACGAAACAUCGAGGUGCUUUCGAACAGGCAUACGUUGGUUUUUAUCAGUUAUGCACACGACUAUGGCGAUUGACAAAUACAACUUUGAAUUCACUUCCCAUGCAUUGUUUGCACGAUAUUUUGCUAGGUAUCACUGGAUUAAUGCCAGGAUAUUCGAAAUUAUGCGCGACGAGAAGAAGCGCGGGUGUUCCAUUUAUGAUACAGGCGGUAUUGUCUUCGAAACCGAAAAUUCAUGAUAUUACAAAGAUAUCCGCGUUUCGCUCGGUUAUGCAAAUCUUACUGCAAUUUACGAAUCUCGAGAAUACAAAUAAUUUGUUAGGAAAAAUAAAGUGUAUAAUGUACAAAAACACAAUAUUUUCCAAGUACGAGUAUUUAUCGGAAUCGGUAAUGGAAAAUAGAAACGAAUAUUAUGCGGACGUCAAGCUUGAUGUUACUGAAAUAAAGACCCAUUCAAUGAAUAUUCUUAGAGCUUUAUUCAGACAUUCUCAACUUGGAGACGUGGUCAAGGAUUACAUCGCGGAUGGUUUGAUAGUGGCAUUUAAAAAUUAUGAUAAUAAGACAUGGGCAGAACGUAACGCGGCCACCUUAUUGUUUAGUGCGCUUAUAAUUCGAGUUUUCGGCGUUCAGAGAACCAAAGAUCACAUCAACUUGACAACGGAUAACAAAAUGACGGAGAGAAUUUUUUUUGAAAGAUAUCCCACUCUCUUGCCUUUCAUCUUGAACGAAUUGCGCAGUUUCGUAUCAAUCGAUGAUAGCAUAAUAAAAUCGAACGUGCAAGCAAUUUUGUUAUUAUUGUCACGAUUGUAUAUUACGAAUUACCAUUUGAACGGAACGGAUAUCGCUUGGAAGGUAGAUGAAUUUGUUAAUUUGGUAUCGACAUGUGCCAAAAGCCCUGUGCAAAAAACGCGUGAACUAGCAGCUAGAGCAUUGGUGCCGUUGUUAACGGAAAGCACAGCUCAGAACAUUGUAAAGAAGUUAUUUCUAAGUAUCCUAGCGCAGGAUACUCGGCUUUCGGCAAAUCUAACACACGGCUAUCUAUUGCAGAUAUUAGAGAUCUUGACAAGAUUGCCGUCCGCUGGCGUUCAACUGUUAAAGUCUGACGUUACAAAUUUCUUGAGCGCAGCUGAUUGGAUAUUAAAAGGUUUGGAGAGAAAAAAUAAUAGAUUUUCUUGUUUUCCAUUAGCUACCGUAUACAUCGAUAUUCUCCAUGAAUUAUACAAUUUGAAUAAAAACAAAAUUGAAAGUUGCAAUAUGGAGGAUAUACGAUAUAUCCUGCAACAACACUUAAUCGAAGAAGAUGUAUUAAGGCAAGGACCAGGAGAACAAAUGUAUAAAAUAUCUGCUCUCAGAUUCAUAUUUUGCGUCGAAAAACAUACAAAUUUUUCACAAACAAUGUGCAACGGGCAAAGCACGACGUUCAGCAUAUAUUCGCGGCUUUUGAUUGCACCAGAUGCUGAGAUACAAAGUAUGGCGUGGAACACCAUUUUUGAAAUACUAAAAAAAGAAUCUUGUCAGCAAAGAAAAUUAUUGUGCACUCACGCUAUUCGCGUAGUUGCCGAUUCUAUCGAAGACAUGUACAAAUAUAAUCCUAAAUUGCAAGAUGCCAUUUUCGAUUUUUUAUAUAACUGUAUAACGGAUACAAAUGUGUGUUGCAUCACCGACAAACGUAAAGUUUGUAGUUUAAUUCUGAAAAAGUUACAUUCGCAUGACGCAAGCGAUAUUUAUUCUCAACGUGUUAAUUAUCUAAGAUUGCUGGGAAGAAGUAUGGCAACGCUAAUCCACGAGUUAAAGGAUGAAAAUUUACGGAUGGAACAUGAAGAGGAUAUUUAUAGAAAAGUCUGUGACAGCAAUUGGAUCGGUUCUAUAAGUGAAGAUAUCAGAUCCUCCGUUUUUAAUGUGUUAUACGAUCUCUUUCCCAAGGACGACAUUGAUUCCGAACAUUGCCAUACCACAUUGGAUUGGUGGACAGUGUUGUUACAAUUAUUGGUUGAUGAUAAUGUGAACAUUCGAUGCGAAGCGUCCAAAGUGAUUUGCAAAAUCGAGCCAUGCAACGAAUUGGAGUGUAUCGAGAGAACCUUGCUGAUAUUUUUUCAGAAGUUCAAUCAAAUGAUUGCAAACAAACAUCCCGGAAUUGCGAUAAGCGCUCUUUUCUGUUGGAGUGUUUCGUUAUUUGGUGAUGAGAAUUAUGAAAUGGAUGAAACGGAUGUAUUCAACAAAUGUAGAAACUACGAUGUCUUUGAACCUGUGAGAAUAUCGGAACUAUGUUUCGAUUUGACAAAAUCGAUAACACAACGAUAUUCCAUUGAUACCACGCUACCAUCGGACGCUGUGAGAUGGAUGAAUUAUCGUUUAGAUACCGAUUUCUCUGAAGUAUCGUCUUUUAAAGACAUAGUACGUUCUUUUAAGAAUAACGUACCGAUACUUGAAACGAACCUGGACAAAAUUUUAGAUCCGACGUAUAAAGACAAAUUAUUGCAAGUUUUAGCAUACGAAAAAUACUUGUCGUUAUAAUGGUAAGUAUACUUUUUUACCACACACACAUGUAACAAAACUAAUUGUAAUAUAUAAAUGUAAUAAAAUUUACGCAUUUAUUAUG